GUUGGAGCAGAGUUUGUUGGAACAUUCAUACUGAUAUUUGCAGCAACAGCAGGGCCCAUUGUGAACAACAAGUACAACGGAGCAGAGACUCUAAUGGGCAACGCUGCAUGCGCCGGCCUCACCGUCAUGUUCAUAAUCCUCUCAAUUGGUCACAUCUCCGGCGCCCAUCUCAAUCCAUCCCUCACCAUCGCCUUCGCCGCGUUUCGCCACUUCCCAUGGACUCAUGUCCCUGCCUACAUUGCCGCGCAAGUCUCUGCCUCCAUUUGCGCCUGCUUUGCUCUCAAGGGCGUUUACCACCCUUACCUCUCCGGCGGCGUCACCGUGCCUUCUAACAUCACUGUUGGCCAGGCCUUUGCCACUGAAUUCAUCAUCACUUUCAUUCUCAUGUUUGUUGUAACUGCCGUUGCCACUGAUACUCGUGCUGUUGGAGAGUUGGCUGGUAUAGCUGUUGGUGCCACUGUUUUGCUCAACAUUCUCAUUUCAGGGCCAACAAGCGGCGGUUCGAUGAAUCCGGUUCGAACGUUGGGUCCAGCGGUAGCCGCAGGGAAUUACAAACACAUAUGGCUGUACUUGGUGGCGCCAACACUGGGUGCCCUUGCAGGCGCCGGCGUUUAUACGCUGGUUAAGCUGCAGGAAAGCGAUGCUCAUCCGCCGCGACAGACUAGGAGCUUCCGUGACAGGGCAGGCUAGCCCAGCAAUCACAUAUACACAUGCUGCUACCUCCCCCUCCCUUUUUGUUUCAUAUUAUUAGGACCAUAUAUAUAUUAAAUAAAUAAAAUGUGUGGGGGAUCCUUGGUUAAUUAUGCUAUGUUUAGUUAUGUGAAAUUAAGUGUGUAUGGUGUGCAUAUCAGAUCCAUGGAAAAAAAAUAAAAAUGAUAAGAUAAUAAGAAGAGAAAAAACAAAAAACAAAAAACAAAAAAAAGUGUUUGGUGUGUUUUGUUUUGCGUUAUCAUUCACGCUAAUGGGCGUGAAGCGUGAUUUGACUAUGUCAUGCUUGUAUUGUGGUUUGAUUCAGUUAUAAUAAGAACUACCAUUGUGUGUGUAA